CAAGGUUUAUGAGCGGCUAUCUGCCGGUUACGGCUUGCAGGAAAGAUGGAGUAUACUGCGUUGGGCACCGUGGAGGCCGCGGACAGCGGAGGGGCCCUGCCAUACACCAGCUCGGAGGAGCGAGAAGGCCGGGAACCGGACGGACUGCGCUUCGACCGCGAGAGGGCGCGCCGCCUGUGGGAAGCAGUGUCCGGGGCCCAACCAGUGGGGAGGGAGGAAGUGGAGCACAUGAUCCAGAAGAACCAGUGUCUCUUUACCAAUACUCAGUGUAAGGUUUGCUGCGCCUUGCUAAUUUCUGAGUCCCAGAAGCUGGCACACUACCAGAGCAAAAAACAUGCCAACAAAGUGAAGAGAUACCUAGCAAUCCAUGGAAUGGAGACAUUAAAGGGGGAAACGAAGAAGCUAGACUCAGAUCAGAAGAACAGCAGAAGCAAAGACAAGAACCAGUGCUGCCCCAUCUGUAACAUGACCUUUUCCUCCCCUGUCGUGGCCCAGUCGCACUACCUGGGGAAGACCCACGCAAAGAACUUAAAGCUGAAGCAGCAAUCCACUAAGGUGGAAGCUCUGUCGAAACGCCUUACAAACCCUUUCCUUGUGGCCUCCACCUUAGCCUUGCACCAGAAUAGAGAAAUGAUAGACCCAGACAAGUUCUGCAGCCUCUGCCAUGCGACUUUCAACGACCCUGUCAUGGCUCAACAACAUUAUGUGGGCAAGAAACACAGGAAACAGGAAACCAAGCUCAAACUCAUGGCACACUAUGGGCGGCUGGCCGACCCUGCUGUCACUGACUCAUCAGCUGGGAAGGGUUACCCCUGCAAGACGUGUAAGAUAGUGCUGAACUCCAUAGAACAGUAUCAAGCUCAUGUCAGCGGCUUCAAACACAAGAACCAGGCAUAUGCCAAGCAAAUCCUCUCAGGUAAUCCACACAACAACCCUAGGAAGAAGGUAUUAUUAUUAUAGACAGAGGCAACCACCAUUCAAGUGAUACUAUGAGACAGAGCCUAUAAUUCGAACUGAGUCUUGUCUGGCUCACAGCAUGCUUUUCUAGGGCAUCAUGCUAACAAGGAGGUUAUGGCACCGUGUGAUAUGAGGAGGCUAGGGCCUGGUAAGGGGAGGGCUUAUGCAGUUCUGUCUCUUCCUCUCAGAAGGGAACUGGGUAGUGUGGACAGUGUGAUACAACAUAACUUUCUGAGAUGAGAAUAUACUCAUUUUAUAGAUAAGGAAAUUGAGUUUCAGGCAACCAAGUCUAAUAAACUGAUUUCUUUGACUUAAAUGGUAGGUUCUGCAUUGUUCACAGAGCUGAAUUAACUAAAGGUGGUGGAAACACAAAAUAUUAGUCAAAAUGUCCUUGGUCCUCUCCACUCUGACUGAAGUUUUCCCUUCCACAUUGCAGCAGAUCUGAGGACUUUUGAGGCUUCUUUUAGAUAUGGACUUGAGACAAGCCUGCACAGUCCAGCCUGGGGCUCACCCCCAUUUCAGCACAUCUCCCUUGCAGCUUGACUGGUGGCAGUUUCAGCAUACAACCUGGAGACAACCAGAGCCCUACCCUGGGGGUGCCCAGUCUUGAAAAUGCUAGUAUUUACUCUUUUCUUUCUAUAUUUUCAGCUAUGUGACUUUGGGUGAGUCAGUAAACUUCUCUGAGCCUCCACUUCCUCUUCUGUAAGAUUAUAGCUACUAUUUGUUGAACACCUAAGUUAAUUUCAUUUAAUUCACAGUAGCAGCUCUGAAUUAAGACACACACACACACACCCCCCUUUACGACCUGAGGAAACCCAAUGUCAGGUAGGUUAAGUAACUUGCCCAAGCCACUUAGUUACUUGGAGUUAGACCCAGAAUUCAAACCUUUUGAUUCCAAAGUACAUUUAUUUUGCUCUGCCAUUGCAUAUGGGGCUCAUUAUCCUCACCUUAUGGGAUGACCUGAGAGUUAGAGAUAAAGUAUGUGAAAUGCUGGUACCAGAAAAGGGAACUAUUAGAGGUAAGCUUUCAUUCAUUCAACAAAUAUUUAUUGAGUACCUACUAUGUGCCAGGUCCUAUAUGGAACACUAGGGCUACAGUAGGAACCAGGAUCAAUGCUGUUCCCUGAGUUUUUUGGAUCCCCAUCUAGUGGUAGAAGCAGAUCCUAAACAAAUCCAUAAACAAAUAAGACAAUAUCAGUUAUUACUAGGUACGCAGAAAGUGGGAUAGAGUGACUGGAGAGCCACUUUUGACUCAGUGUGAAGGAAAGAAUGAUCAGUCUGUACUAUCCAGGUCAUAUAGGGCCCUAUAGGCAGAAUAAAUGGUUUGGUAGUGGAGAGAUGUGGGCUGCUGUCCUGAACCUGCCACACUUUUAAAAAGCUUAAGGAUGGAGGGAUGGUCAACAACAACAACAACAUAAUUAUUUAAUUUUCAAAAUUAAAAAAAAAAAAACAGAAAACAACAAUAAAAAGCCUACUGGGGUCAGGUGACUUAGACUUUCUGAACUUUAGUUUCCUUAUAUACAAAACAGGGGUACUAUCCCCGCCUUGUAGAAUUGCCAUGAAGAUUAAAUAGGAUGCUAGAAGCAAAGCACCCAGCAUUGUGCCUAGCAUGCAGUGACCCUCAGUAAAGGAGACCUGGUCACCUUAUUACUCCAAGGCCUUGGAAGAGCUGUACUAUCUUUAGAAAAUUACCUGGAGCACCAUCAUAACCACCACAAACUGACCCUGUGUGUUUAUUCCUUCUCAAACUACAGGUCACCAAAAACAAUGGCAUCACCCCUGGGCCAGAUUCCAAUGCAAAGGCAGCCCAUUCAGAAAGACUCAGCCACCUUGGAAGACUAGAGGUGUUUCUGUCCAGCACCCCAGGUUGAACCAGCCGUGAGCCAGCUUCCCGUGACCAUGGUCAGCCCUUGGCUCCCUCUUCCUCCUUUCUUAUACCUGGAGAACACAUAGGCCUUAGGCAGGAGUGGGCCACAGAUAGCCUCUGAUUGGUCCAGGCUAAUCCACUCCUGCUCUUCCCCUUUGGAAUGGGCCCUCUAGGUCAGGACAAGGGAAGGGGGUGGAUCUUGAAAGGACUUGGGGCCUCACAGAAUAGUAGUUUGGAGGAUGGCCUUUCCCCUUCCCCAGCCUCUUUGGGCCAUAUGUCAUGAGCCCCAGGCCUGUCUUUCCUUUGCAGGUCAGUUUUGAACCAGUCUCUGCGGCUAAAGAACUGAGCUGUCCCUGGGCUCCAGGUAGCUCCAGUGAAACCUGGAGCUUUCACACCAGAGUUCUGCCUAGGUAGGAAAGGGCAGAUGGAAGUGGCUGCCCUAUGGGAGCUUGGAGCUAACAUGACACACUCCCUUUCCCCAAAAAGUGCAGGCUUUCCUGAGCCUGAGACCAGAUGCUGGCCAGUUACACAGUUUUCUGCCCACUGUGAAGUCUCCUCCUGGAGCAAUGACACAGUCCUGGCAGAGCAGUGCUGUCCUUCUGCCUCUUCUCCACAGUUCCUGAAUGGUGCUAAGGAUAUGCAUCAGCUGGGGAAAAGCUAGAGCUGGAGGAGGCCUCGGUAUCCGGUGGGAUUAUGAAAGCUCUAAGAGGGGGGCCUUUUCCCCUCCCCCAUCAGAGAGGUGCUCUGACCCAGGGUCAUGUGGGAAAGCCCCCACAUGCAGGUUUUCUUGAUGAUUCUGUGCCCUUAAAAGGUGAACUAUCUCAUGCCAGCCAGCUCAAAGGUCCAUGCUGCUCCUUGGCUCUACUAGCCCUCUCCUCCUCAUGUAGGAGACCACCUGUCCAGGUUGCUGUGGUGCUAGCCCUCUUCCAUUAUCCACCAGGAGAUUCCUGGGUACCAGGGAAAGAAAGGAGAGCCAGUGCAGGUUUCUGCAGUGAGGAAACAGGUGUUCCCCAGGCCCCAAACCUAGAUAUCUCCAACUCUGCUGUCUUUUACGGCCUGGGAUUUCACUGGGAGUGGAUAUUUCCUUGUAGUUUUCAAGCGGGAAUUCCAAGGAGUGUCACCAUCAUAGGCCCCCCUUCAUUGAGUCAAAGAAGCCCCUAGCUGCUGUCGUGGCCUCUCCCCCCCACCCCCACCCCCGCCCCAUUGCCUAUCCCUUUGCCUGUGAAAUGCCUUUAUGUAUUGUGUAUGGGUGUGUGUGUGCGCGUGCUUAUGCUCUGUCUCUUGGUCACUGAAGCAUCUAAAUAAAGAAUUUCUCCCAUGA